UGUGAGGAGGAUGGAGCUGGAAAUCUAAGCAGGGCAGCUGGAGCCUGCAGAGUUCCAGCGAAGCGCCGGGUCUGACCUCCUUUCCUGCUGAGCCCCUCUCCAAGUCUAACCGGCCUCUCUGGCCCUCAAGAGCCCUCGGCCCUCACACCAUCCCAUCAGCACACCAUGAAACUCUGGGUUGUCUUUUGCCUGGCACUGCUCUGGGUGGAGCUCCAAAAUGGUGCCUGCCAGCAAGUCAAGCGCAGGAAGGAUGUAGGAGAAAACCGUAUUAGGCCGGGGGGGAAACGGGUGAAGGUACGCUUCCCCAAACUGAAGGAAAAGGAUGGAGGAGGGAGAGGCCAGUCCCUGCUCACACAGGUGCUGGAUAAAGGUCGGUUCCUGCGGCUGGGUGACAGCACAACUCUGACUCCCGGGAAGACCGUGGAGCUGCGCUGCAAAGGCAGCAACAUCGGCUGGUCCUACCCUGCCUACCUGGAUGCCUUCAAUGACUCACGCCUCAGCAUAAAGCAGAGUGAUAAGUACAGUCAGUUGAUCCUGACGUCACCCUCUGCUGCUGACACAGGGAUGUACAGCUGCUGGGUGAUCAUCUGUGAUGGGAUAGAGUGCACCAAGGACCCAGAUCGUGUCUCCACGUCCUACAUCUAUUUCACAGAUAAGGACAACCUCUUUGUCCCCUCGGCCAUCCACUUUGAGAUUGUGUACCUGCGUCCGGACAGGCCUGCUGUCGUGCCCUGUCGCGUGACGAGCCCGCAGGCCAAGGUGUCGCUGCACAAGGAGGUCCCACCCGAGGAGAUCCCAGCUGAUGGGACCCUGGUAACCUAUGACCCCACCAAGGGAUUCGUCAUGCAGAACCCCAGUCCAGAGCACCAGGGAGUCUUCUACUGCAAGGCUGUGACCAAGGGCACCCCGCAAGUCUCCACAAAGUACCAGCUGCUCUAUGUGGAGGUUCCUAGUGGGCCACCAUUUGUAAGCCUAGAAGCCUCUCCUGAGUCCGUGAGAGGAGGCGACACCAUCAACAUCACCUGCACUGUCCUGGGGGAGCCAGACAUGAGUGUGAACUUCACCUGGUCUUAUCCUGGUCAGGACCGCCGUCCAGUCGACAUCCACGGCUCCUGGCGGCUGGUUAACAGAGGCAUGGGUCACACCACCCGGGUCUCCCAGAGCGUCAUCACCAUAGAGGACCUGGAGACCAUCGACUUCGGCAGGUACAUCUGUAAAGCCAAGAACCUGCAUGGUGAGACAACUGUGGCAACCAACAUCAUCUCCAAAUAGCAUCACGGCCUGCAUUACGGCUGUGUUUGCUUAAAUAUCACUAUAUCACACCAGCCACAGCGGGACUUGGGCAUCCAGACAUAAUCAAUUUGUACAUUUCAGCAAGAAAUCUGAGUGUUAACAUACUGUAAUAAAGAUU